GAAGAGGCUUUUCUGUUUGUUUGUUUAUCACAAACAAAUUCAUCCUUUCAUCUAUUAGUUCAUAGAAAAUGAAAUUUGAUGGAUAUUUCAGUUGAAAUAAAACCCACGGUUCCUAACUUCCAACAAAGGGGACCCAAUUGGGAAAAUAAUGGGCCCAUCCAUCUACAAACAUUGCAUCGGUUAUGUGAUAUUUUUUGUCAUUAUUCUGAUUUAUUUCACAGCUACAAAUGUUGAACAUAUAUCAAAUGAGUGGAAUUAUUUACCGCCCAAACGCGACAUACAGAUUUGGGCCAAGGCAGCAAUAGCGGAAUACUUAUGGUUUCAUAUUCUAAAUGGGCAUACAGAAUCAUUUUACAAUGGUUUUUACAACAAUGGAAAUAUAACAUUGAACGGAUUGACUUUCUACUAUUUAAGCGGGCCCGGGUACAUCCAGACCACGGUACCACAAACAGUCGAAUAUUUAAUUCUGAUAUUGAACGGGCACACUCUAGAGCAUGUGACCAAUGCGUUGAAUUGGCUCGAAUACAUACCACAAUUGACAUCUCUAAAAAAACUCGCUGUAAUAGUUUUGGGGAGUGAAAACUGUGAAGAUAAUUGGAUAACAAAAUACUUGAAGUCUAAAGGAGGGCCGAUAGAUGUCCUUUUCAUGGUAUACGACAGCCCAUUAAUAGACAACAAAGAAGUUUACCAAUGGCCUUUAGGUGUCGCCACAUACCGACAUUUUCCAAAAUACAACGCAACUCAAGUAAACUUAUUUAAAAAAAGAAAGUACACGUGUAAUUUCGUUGGCACUGUCUACAAAGGAUCUUCAAGGGAGGCUCUAAGGUCAAUUUUGAAUCAUUCAUCAUUCAAGCAUAACUGUUUACUAGUUGAUCGGGAUGUGUGGCCAGCAAAAGAAACAAAAACAAGUUUAAAUCGUUACAUCAAUAUUCUCAAUUCUUCUGACUUUACUUUAUGUCCAACUGGUGCAAACACAGAAUGCUACCGAAUAUAUGAAGCUAUUUCGCUUGGAAGCACACCUAUCGUUGAAGAUGUUAUGACACCUGGGAAAUGCGUAGCGCCAUUGCGCCUAUUAAAAAAAUACAACCCUCCGAUUAUAUUUAUAAAAGAUUGGAGUGAGCUGAAUGGCACGUUGUAUAACAAGAAUAAAUUUAAACUGAAAAGUCAUAGGAUUCACCUUUUAAAAUGGUACAGCAAUUUUAAGAUCAAAAUGGCGAAACACUUCUUACAAGUGAUAACUACCUCUUUUUUCCCUCCGACUCAAACUUAAUAGUUUAUUUCAAACUUAAAAUAAUAAUAAAAAUAAAUAAAUGGAAAAAAAUAAAUAAAAGUUGCUCAGAUAUAUAAAAAUACAUUUCAGUGUAGGCAAAUUAAAUUAUCCUUAAAGCCUUUUAAAUUUGCUAUAUAUGCUUUAAAGUUGCUUCAAUGCUGCCUAUUGAAAAAUGCUUUAAACCAGCAAGAAAGAAUUGUCAUGUAUUUUUUCUAUCAUUUCUAUAUUUUUCCUAUGGAAAAAGCUUGUCUUUCAAUAACACUACUUUUCUUGUACUUCACAUGCUAUGAAGAUGACAGUAGCAGCACAAACUAUUUGCAUACCAUGUUAUUUGGAAUUUUUGACUUCAGGAAAGUGAACAGAAUUUACAAGGUAACAGAACAGAAGAUAAUAAACAAUAAAAUUCCUGGAUAAAAAAAGUAUUUGCACAUAUUUUAUUUUUUAUUAUUUAAUAUGUUUUAUUUUUAUUUAAUAUUUUUAAUGUUAUGUCCAGUGUUUUAGCAUCUAUAACUGCCUGUAGGGGUCUUUGCAUUGGAAUGGACAAGAUUUUUAAUGUAACGCUGGGAGAUUUUUUCCCAUUCUUUGACUAAUAGUUCAUUAAAUUAUUAUAAUCUCUCCCUAAUAUUUUUUAUUCUCUUACUCUUCAGUCGAAGUAGGACCGUAAAUGUUCAGUAAUAUUUAAGUCUGGUGAUUGUGGAAGUGUGAGGAGCUUCAUUAAAAAUUUAGCCACAAAUUUCAGAUCAUUGUCUUGCAAAAAAAAAAAAAUGAACUGGUUUUGUAGCCCUAUUUUUGCAGCACUCACAUUUGUGGUGCAGUAUACAUACACUUCUGCAUUUAUUUAUUUAUUUUUUAUUUUAU